GAGGAAAGUUGAGAUGUAGAGAAGAGAGAGAGAGAGAGAGAGAGAGCAGAGUGAGGAGCUGGAGAAGGAGGAAUGCAGGAAGACUGGAUCGUGGAUCUGAGAGGAAACACGAGGACAAAGUUCUUCUGCUCUGGCUGUGGGACGGUGAGGGAAGUGUGUGAGGUGUGUGUGUGUGUAUGGAUGCUCCUGCAUGUGGCUUUAAUCCUGCAGGAAUGAGGACUGCCCUGUGUUUCAGUGGGAGCUGCUGAAGCUCCUGUAGACUGAAGGGUGAAGAGUGAAGAAGAGUGGAUCAGUGGAUCUGCACACACACUCACACUGGGUGAUCAGAGUGAUCAGAGUGAGGAGGAGGAGUGUACAGGAGUGUGUGUUGGGAUGUGCAGGGUUUGGACUGGUCUCCUGCUGCCUCUGGCACUUUUGUUUACUGGUAGCUGCUUUCCAGACUGGACUGAGGGCAUCAGGCUGUGGGGCAGAGGACUGGAGGGAACUGUAGCACCUCUUGACCCGCCCUCUGGACACCGCAGGCUGGGAACACCACUAGCACGAGCUAAACGCUACGCCAUCAACCCCCUGGGCUACAAGUGGGAGCACUUCAACAUCACCUACAAAAUUACAAAGUUCCCGAACACACUGAAUAAGGACGACACGCGUAAAGCCAUCAGCAUUGCCUUCACCAAAUGGAGCGACGUCUCACCUUUAACCUUCACCGAAAUCACCAACCUCAGCAAGAACGCCGACAUCAUCAUCGGUUUCUACACAUUCAACCACACAGACUGCUGGUGGUCUCCGCUGCACCCCUGCUUUGACGGGUUGAACGGGGAGCUGGCCCAUGCCUUCCUGCCGCCGCGGGGUGAGAUACACUUCGACAACCAUGAGUUCUGGAUCCUGGGCAAGUCUCGCUUCAGCUGGAAACAAGGGGUGUGGCUGAAUGACCUGGUGCAGGUAGCCGCCCAUGAGAUUGGUCAUGCUCUCGGCCUGUGGCACUCGCGGGACCCCAACGCUCUGAUGCAUCCCAAUGCCACGUACACCGGCCAGCGCAACAUCGCCCAGGACGACAUCUGGGGCAUCCAGCGGCUUUAUGGCUGCUUGGAUAAGAAGCGAGUGUGUGACCCCUGGGCCCGGUUAGGGUUCUGUGAGAGGAGGCGGAGCUUCAUGAAGAAAUACUGCCCUAAACGCUGUGACCUGUGUUACGAGCCCCUGGACGAGGCGUCCACCCCGACACCGCCCCCUGCGAAUGUAAAAGUGAAGAUGGUCCCUCGAGGGAAGGUGGUGGGAUUCCGCUGUGGGACAAAAAACACAAAAGUGCCUCCAAAAGUCAGCUGGUAUAAAGACGGAGAGCAGCUCCUGACCUCUAUCCCAGGAUACAUCAGCAUCAAAGACCGAGACCUGCGCAUCGUAGCUAACGAGUUUAACGAGGGAACGUACACCUGCAGGAUCCACCGCCGCGGAACCGUCGUCUCCGCAAACUCCUGGGCCAUCAGACUCAAACCAGAACCGCUGUCCAACAACAGCUGAUCCCUGAGGAGAACAGUGAGGAGAGACUGACCACAGCACUCACACUACCUCCACAACCAACAGCCAAUCAGAACCAGCAUCCAAUCCGAACCAGCAUCCUAAUCAGAAUCAACACCCAAUCAGAACCAACACCCAAUCAGAACCAGCAUCCAUCCCAGAACCACCAGACAUACUCACUGAACAGCUUUAGCGGAGGAUCUUCAGUGAACUGUUCCCCCUGCAGAUGGUUUAUAUGCUGAUAAAGGGCUGGAUACAGUAGAAUCAGUGGCAUUAUGUUUUAUAUACUGUGUGUAUCUGAUGUAUAGCGUUUAUUUACUAAAUAGAAAUUUUACAAACAAUCCUGAGCUGUAGUCAUUAAAUUAAACAUAGACUUAAACUUAAAAACUGGGUUAAGAUGACAAAUAAUAUCUUAUUUAUAUAUCGUCGCUGUCAUGCAAAAACCUUGUAUCUCAAAAAUGUCUUCUUUUAAUGGAAUUUUGUGAUUUUUUUUUAUUUUACAUAAUGCUGUAACAUUGGUCAAAAAGUGAUGAAUGAAAAAAAGAAACACUUUUUUUAUUUUAUCAUAGUUAGAAUGCUGACUCAUGGUUAAUAUUUUAUCUUAUGACUGGCGAGCUAGCUCACAAAGCUAGUAUGUUAGCUUAUAGCUAGUAUAUUAGCUUAUGGUUAAUAUUUUAGCUUAUGACUGGCAAGUUAAGUCAUGCCCAGUAUGUUAGCUUAUAGCCAGUAUGUUACCUUAUGGCUAGAAUAUUAGCUAGCUCAUGACUGGAAUGUCAGCCCAUGGCUAAUAUGUUAGCUUAUAGCUAGUAUGUUAGCUCAUAGCAAGUAAGUUAGCUCAUGGCAGGUAUGUUAGCUCAUGGCUAGUAAGUUAGCUCAUAGCUAGUAUGUUACCUAGCUAGUAUAUUAGCUAGCUCAUGAAUGGCAUGUUAGCCCAUGGCAAAUAUGUUAGCCAAUAGCUAGUAUAUUAGCUCAUGGUUAGUAUAUUAACUAGCUUAUGAUUGACAUGUUAGCUCUUGGCUUGGCUAAGUGUGUACGCUUACAACUGCAGUGUUAGCUAGUAUGUUAGCUCAUAGCUAGUAUGUUAGCUCAUGGCUAGUAUUUUAGCUUAUAGCUUGUACAUUAGGUCAUGGCUAAUAUAUCAGCCUACGACUGUAGUGUUAGCUUAUUGCUAGUAUGUUAGCUCAUAGCUAAUAUGUUAGCUCACAGCAAGUAAGUAAGCUCAUGGCUAGUAUGUUAGCUUACAACUGUAUUGUUAGCUUAUGGCUAGUAUGUCAACUCAUAGCUAGUAUAUUAGCUCAUGGCUAAGAUUUUAGCUUAUGACUGACAUGUUGGCUCAUGGCUAGUUUGUUAGCUUAUAGCCAGUAUUUUAUCUUAUGGCUAGUAUAUUAGCUAGCUCAUGACUGGCAUGUUAGCUCAUGGCUAGUAUGUUAGCUUAUUGCAAGAAUGUUUAUAUCAUAGCUAGUAUAUUAGCUCAUGGCUGGUAAGUUAGCUUAUAGCUAGUAUGCUACCUUAUGGCUAGUAUAUUAGCUAUCUCAUGACUGGCAUGUUAGCCUAUGGCAAGCAUGUUAGCUUACAACUGUAGUGUUAGCUCAUGGCUAGUAUGUUAGCUUAUGACUGGCAAGUUAGCUCAUGUCUUGUUUGUUAGCUUAUAGCUAGUAUGUUACCUUUUGGCUAGUAUAUUAGCUACCUCAUGCUGGGACUUUUGCCCAUGGCUGGUAUGUUGGCUUAUAGCUAGAAUGUUUUUAUCAUAGCUAGUAUAUUAGCUCAUGGCUGGUAAGUUAGCUCAUGGCUAGUAUGUUAGCUUACGACUAUAGUGUUAGCUCAUGACUAGUAUGUUAGCUCAUUGCUUAUAUGUUAGCUUACAUCUGUAGCAUUAGCUCAUGGUUAGUAUGUUAGCUAAUAGCUAGUAUGUUAGCUCAUGUCUGGCGUGUUAGGAUAUCACUAGUAUGUAAAGUAUUAGCUGAGUGCUUACAUAUUAGCUAAUGUGAUGCACAGAAAUCAAGAUACAAGGUUUCUGGAUGAAAGUGACUGUAUGUUUACUGCUUUACUGCUGAGGGCAGUGUGGACUUUUAUUUUGUAUUGCUUAUUCCUUAUCACAUAUGUUGUUCUAAAACAUCUGACUUAUGUUAAUAUUUAGAAGUAGGUAUAUGUUAUGUGUGUAUUUUAUUAUCUAUUAUAUAUAAAUUAUGUACAUUGUUUAACGUCUUUUAGAAUCCUCAUUUUUUUCAGCAGUAUGUAACUGCUUUAAGUAAAUUAGCUAUUCAGUAGUGCAUCUAGAGGAUGCUUUUCUUUUGCCCUCCAUAAAUAACCAGUAAACGCAGCACAGUGUUCACAA